AUGAGUUUGGUUGAGCAGCUAACAUCGAGCAGCGACGAUCGACGAGUGGCACUGCAAUUCGCUUUCUACAAUUGUCCUCUUGCUUGUUCUGGUUGGCUAUCACGAGUUGAAAGAGAGGAAAAACCAUUGCCGGUAGCAAUUGCUCUUAUCCCCUACGAUACAGUGAUCAGUGCCACUGAUUUAUUCAUCACUCAUUUGGCAAGACGUGAAGGAGUUAUGGUACUCAUAGCAUUUCUUAUCCUAAAAUUACUCAGCCAUGGUGUAUUUGUUAACCUCAUACAUUUGUUUGGUGAUCUAUAUCAGAAUAUUGAUUAUGUGAUCCUUUUUUUCACGAAAACUUGGGUAAGCCUCUUUUUUUUGCUCUCAAUUUUCGAAAAAUCCUCAAAAAACUUAGAAUUUGUUUACUUCCUCGGCGAUUUGAGCUAA